AUGGGCUGUUCCUUGUCGAAAACUCCUAAAACAGAGUCUCGUAACGAAAAUCCUCCGCAGGAGGAUCCUGAGCAAGGCGACGAACAAGGUUUCCCGCUACCAUACCAAGAUCCCAGAGCGCUUGACGAUGAUAAUGCAUUCCCUCUCGAUGAAAGUGACAUCUCCUCUGUCUCUGAUGAGGAGCUUCUGUCAGCUUACUUGAAGGCGCCUCAACUUCAUCAUUAUGGUGCUGUCACAAUAUCGCGUAUUUCCAAACAUCUUGCCAUCAAAGGUGGCCCAGGCGUGCCAAAGAGCGAAGCAGAAAAUAUGAAGUUUGCUUCCGAAACGCUGCAGCUUCCAGUCCCCAAGGUCCAUCGCACUUUCACAGCCGAAAUUCCAGAGUUCGCAGGGAUGCCUAACACAAGCCUUAUUGAGGGCCAUUUCAUUGUCAUGGACUAUAUCCAGGGAUCGUCUCUUGACAAGAGCUGGCAGACAUUCGACUUGACUACCAAAGAAACUGUCGCACAGCAGGUCGCGGAAGUGAUCAACAAGAUGCAAUCUACCGUCCUUAAUCACAUACCUGUAGGACCGAUCGGGAGAUCGCAGGACGAAAAGUCCCAAGGCCCGUGGUUCACAGACUACGGUGCAGGGCCUUUUGACACGCUGAAAGAUCUUGAAGACUGGUGCAAUCACAAGAUUGAUAUCUGUGUCAUGGUUAAGCAACUACCGCCCGAUACUACGAAAUUCGAGUUCAAAGACAUAGUCCUUACCCACCAAGACCUGGCACCGAGAAACUUAGUUGUCGACAAAGAUAUGAAGUUAUGGGUCCUUGACUGGGGCUGCGCUGGCGUGUACCCGAAAGGAUUUGAACAAGCUGCGCUGCAGGUCCAGGCAUGGAACGAGGAAUAUGCUGAAAUGGUGCUGGAGAGACUUUCAGACCGACAAGCGUUCAUGAUUGGUAAACUAGCUGAUAUCGCGUAUGGGCUUUCGACUGGUCGUGCUCUUUGA